GCGCGGAGCCCGCAGUCCGGCGGGGCCGCAGCAGCCGGGGGCCGGCAGUUGCCGUGGGGACCGCGGGCCCCUCCCUCCUCCGCUCCCUGCCCCUCGCGUUCCCCACCGAGGCGCGGCCGACUCCCCGGCCUCCCUGCCGCCGGCCCGGCGGAGCCGCAGCGGCGCCCCGCGAGAGGCGCAGCCGCUCCCAAGAUGUCGCAGACGGCCAUGUCCGAGACCUACGAUUUUUUGUUUAAAUUCUUGGUCAUUGGAAAUGCAGGAACUGGCAAGUCUUGCUUGCUUCAUCAGUUUAUUGAAAAAAAAUUCAAAGAUGACUCAAAUCAUACAAUAGGAGUGGAAUUUGGUUCAAAGAUAAUAAAUGUUGGUGGUAAAUAUGUAAAGUUACAGAUAUGGGACACAGCAGGCCAAGAACGAUUCAGGUCUGUGACGAGAAGCUACUACAGAGGUGCAGCGGGGGCACUGCUUGUCUACGACAUCACCAGCCGAGAAACCUACAAUGCGCUUACUAAUUGGUUAACAGAUGCCCGAAUGCUCGCGAGCCAGAACAUUGUCAUCAUCCUCUGCGGGAACAAGAAGGACUUGGACACCGAUCGGGAAGUCACUUUCCUGGAGGCCUCCCGAUUUGCUCAGGAAAAUGAGCUGAUGUUUCUGGAAACAAGUGCACUCACAGGGGAGAAUGUAGAAGAGGCCUUUGUACAGUGUGCAAGGAAAAUCCUUAACAAAAUUGAAUCAGGUGAGCUGGACCCAGAAAGAAUGGGCUCAGGUAUCCAGUACGGAGAUGCGGCCUUGAGACAGCUGCGGUCCCCGCGCCGUGCACAGGCCCCGAGCGCGCAGGAGUGCGGCUGCUGAGGCAUUUCGGGCGCGCAGGUAUUCAUACAGUGGUAUUUGGGACACAAUUAUUGAAGCUUGAAGAAGAAGGUUUUUUUUUUUAACCACCGUCUUUUUCUACUUUAUAUGGAAGUAGAUCUUUGUGCAAAAAAAAUUAUAAUAAUAAUAAUUUGGUAUAUUAUGCAAGCUAGUAGAUGUGGCACAGCAAACUGUAUAAUAAAUCCAGUUCAGUGGACGAGACCGUUAAAUGUAUACACGUAUGUAAAAGUGUUCUGUCCCAUAUCCGCCCUUUCACCCUGGUUUGGAUCCUGGCUGUGUACUGUACGUAUGCUUGUCCAGUGCAUCUCCACAGCAUGGUAUCUGACAUAUGGUAUGAUAGACCACUGCACUAAAUGCAGUCUAAUACUUUAUUUUUUUUAAUCGUCUGAACUAAAAUCUGUUCAUUGUGAGGUGUGCUUUGAUCAUUAUGUCGGUUAUAUUGCACAGUUGGUUGUUUGUGACCUGAUAUUCAGAGAUUCUGGCAUUGAUGGCCAAUGCAGUACUUACCACAGUCCACAAGGUGUUACAUGAGCCACACUGGAAAUACUAGAUCAGAAUUUACUCACAUACUGAAAUAAAGCGGUAAAUGAAAUUUUCCCA